AUGGGCUCUCGUCAUGAUGCCUCCUCUAGUGCGGUGCGGAAGCGGAUCGAGAAUCAUGACUUCAACAAUGAGACCGGCGAGGAGUAUGAAGCCUCCAGCUUCGGCGGCUUCGCAGAUUAUAUGCGCCGGAAGAAGAUCAAACUUCAGAAUUUAGACGCAGAAAUCCGAUCAACAUCCGGCGACUGUCCACCUAUCUUCCGCGGGGUCGUCGCGCAUGUUAAUGGCUACACCCAACCCUCCCUCCAAGAUCUCCACCGUCUAAUCGUCAGUCAUGGUGGUGGCUUUCUACAAUACCUAGAUAGUAAGACUAUUGCUACGCAUAUAAUCGCCAGUUCAUUGACCCCAAAGAAACGAGAAGAGUUUCGAAGGUAUCGCAUCGUGAAACCUGCUUGGAUAACCGAAAGCAUUAAGGCCGGCCGUUUACUUCCUUGGGAUGAAUAUCGUGUGGUAGACGAAGGGCAUGCUCAAAAAAUCUUAAAGUUCGGUGAUGGUCGCUUUGGCAGUCAGGCCAACACUCCCCGGUCGAGUUACAGAGACGAAUCCAGAAAAAGCUGGUACAACGCACAAAUAAAAUCGAUGAGCUCAGCUGGGAUGUCAGAAACUCCAUCUAAGCCACCCCGGCCAUCUCCAAACUUCCCAAGUCAGCCCUCACAAUCCGACUAUGGUGAUUUCCCAAGCUUCACUGCUCUCGAUGGCGACAAAUCCAGAUCUCCCACCAAGGAGCCCCGGGAUUCAAACAUCACCCCCGAGAAGCCGACGACUACCAAUACCUCUGAUGAAAUACGUCGAGCUUCGCCUGAAAGAGAACUACAAAUUUCGGAGAUACCUGCGGUAGCAAGCAAACCCAGUCCUUCGUUGGACCCCCAGAUGACCUCCGAGGAAUACAACGCACAGCUCCUCACCGACCCCCGAAUGCGAAAUUCAAGCUUUGCCAAUCCCGACUUCAUUCAGCAAUAUUAUCGAGAGUCCAGACUUCAUCAUCUGUCAACUUGGAAAGCUGAGCUGAAAGCCCAACUUCAAGCAGCAACCAGGGAGAAGGCGCAAUCACAGCCUCCUCCAAAAAGAGCUGCACCUAGAUCAAGAAGAUACAUUCUUCAUGUUGAUUUUGAUUCGUUCUUCGCCGCCGUUUCGAUUCUAAAACGACCAGAUCUCAGAGAGAAGCCGGUGGCCAUUGCUCACGGUUCAGGUCCUGGUUCUGAGAUCGCCAGUUGUAAUUACGUCGCGCGGGGUCACGGUGUGAGAAACGGCAUGUGGAUGAAAGGUGCUCUGCAGGCAUGCCCUGAACUUCAGGUUCUGCCUUACGACUUUCCCGCGUAUGAGGAUGCGAGUCGCAAGUUCUACAGCUCUGUCCUUGCUAUUGAUGGCAUUGUUCAAAGCGUGAGCAUUGACGAAGCGCUCAUCGAUAUUACAAAUCAAUACGAGAUUGCCCAAAACUUGCGGGAUUCGAUCAAAGAAAAGACAAAAUGUGCCGUUUCAGUUGGGAUCGGCGGCAACAUUUUAUUAGCCAAAGUGGCGCUGAGAAAAGCAAAGCCAGCAGGACAGUUCCAACUUAAGCCGGAGGCCGUCCUAGAUUUUAUCGGAGACCUGACCAUUAGAGAUCUUCCGGGCUUUGGUUUCAGCCUUGGAAGUAAGAUGGAGGAGCUUGGUGUUAAAUUCGUCAAGGAUGUUCGCGACAUUCCUAGGGAGAGAUUGGUCUCCAGUUUAGGGCAAAAAACCGGUCUGAAAAUCUGGGAAUAUGCUCGGGGUAUUGACAAGACCGAGGUCGGCAACGAGGUACUGCGAAAAUCAGUUUCGGCGGAGGUCAAUUGGGGCAUCCGAUUUGUCAAUCAGGAACAGGCGGAUGACUUUGUCAGUUCUCUAUGCAAAGAACUCCACGGGAGACUUGUUGAAAACCUGGUCAGGGGCAAACAACUUACGCUAAAGGUCAUGCGGAGGUCAAUGGAUGCUCCCCUUGAGUCCACAAAACACCUCGGUCACGGCAAGUGUGAUACGUUCAACAAAAGCGUCGUCAUUGGCGUGGCCACCAAUGCCUCCGACAUUUUAGGCAAGCAAGCCAUCUCAAUGUUGCGAAGCUUCAACUUCUCCCCGGGUGAUCUCAGAGGUCUGGGUGUCCAAAUGACCAAGCUGGAGCCGCUCAAGGCUGGGCCCACUACAACCCUUGAAAGUAGCCAGCGCCAGCUCAAUUUCCAGGCAUCCCCCGUACGGAAGAAGCCGGUGGUGAAUGUCGACCCUGAUGAAUUGGACAGUCCCCAAAAGGGUGAUUCUGCCAGGAUCCAGGUCGAUCCAGUCCUCAGCAACAGUGCGCAUAAGCCAAUGAACAUGUCCGGAUCUCAGUUCAUCAUGCCCACGCAGGCAGAUCCUCAGAUCAUCUCAGAACUACCCGGAGACAUCAGAUCAAGGCUUGUGGCACAGGCAAAACCCCGACAAGACUCCCGCUCUGGCUCUCCAUGUCCAUGUCCGCCUCCCCGUUCGCGAGAAACUGUUAAUACCGAUCUACCUCCUCAGUCCCAGUUGGAUCCGGAGAUCUUGGCUGCUUUGCCCGAUGAUGUUCGAAAUGAAGUACUGGGCUACUACAGUGAACAACCCACUACAUCCGCCCCCUUGGCACCACCUCCACUGCCAGCAGCAUCUAUACCGCGACCCGCAUCUGCUAGUGGACUCAAACUAAGAAGGCCAACAUCCCCUCCUAAGAAGAGGCGCGGUCGUCCUCCGAAAUCUGCGUCAACUGCCAACAGCCAUGUAAAACAGUCGAGUUUUGCAUCGCCACGAGCUGCGGCUGUUGCAACGUCAACAAGCCAAACGACAUCUCGACAGCCUUCUCCGGCUAUACAAGAACAGCCCGAAGCCUCAGCCGAAUUUCUCGCUGCACUUCCUGAAGACAUCCGACAAGAAAUUCUCGAAGAACAAAAGCGAGCACGAAUGGCCCAGAUCCCUCGUGUCUCCGCUCCAGCACCAACCAGGCCACCCUCCCAGCCACAAGCACCGUCCGCACCUGCACCUGCUCCUGUUCCUGCUCAGGUUGAAAAGGUGUUACAUCUACCUCCUCUUCCCGAACGCCCUGUCUUCACAUCGCAGCGUCUAUCUGCUUUGCCAGAUCUGCGAGAUGCAGUCGGCGCAUGGCAUUCGGCUUUUGCAACCGAUGGUCCCUACGAGGAAGAUGUCCAGGCCCUAUGCACGUACCUGCGGUGCGUCAUUUCUGAUGAAAAGGAUAUUGAUAAAGCUUCUUCUGUGGUGCGCUGGCUGAUGUGGCUUGUUGGCGAACAUGCCUCUCCGGAUGAUUUUGUUGAGAAACAACCCCCUCGAUCUGCACAGAGUGAUAUCGUGACUUGGGCCGAUGCAAUUCACGUAACGCAAAGUGCUGUACAGCGUGCUUUGGAUGAGAGGGGAUUGCCAUCUGUGGAAUUUGAAUAG